CCAAAAUUGCAUUCCAUAAAUCAUGGCACUGUGUAUUGUGGCAGAGAUACUGUAAAGGUCUUACUAAUUCUUCUGGAUGAAGAAGCUGUUAAUCCUCCUACCCAGAACAAAGCAGAACUAUUAUAUGACAAUGAAAACUUAAAUUUGUUUGGAAUCACCUCUGUUUUGACACUGUUUAGAUCUCCAGCACAAUCCAAUGGAUCUUCUACAAAACCUCAUAGACAACAUAUGCAAAAGUCUAUGGAUGAAAAAAAAAUUAAGACGAAGCAAUCUUCAAUCAAAUCUCAGUUUGCAUGUACAUAUAAAAAUGACUUGAGUGGAAUAAAGGAUCAGCAUUUCCUCAGCAGUAGCCAAAUUCCAACCUGCAUACCUUCUGCACCAAAGCAACAUUUAAAAGCUGAUUAUCUCACAGAAGGUAUGAAUUCAUGUCUUGAUGUACCAGUGCUUGGAACUAUUUCCGAAAAUGUUCACCAGAGUAGAAGUUAUACAGAAAUGGAAAAGCUGAGUUGUCAGCCAAGAAACAAGAACUCCAAAAAUGAACAGAUGGAUUUGAAUAAUGACAAAGUAAUCUGUGAUAAGGAAAGUGAACCAUCUUUGCAAAAAAAUGCUAGAAGACCUAAGACUUCAAAUAACCCUCAGAAGGAAUUGGACAGCAAAAUCAACAGAAAAAGAAAACACAGCAAAACUGCAAGCAAGAAAAAGUUAAUUGCUGGUCAGGCAAAAUUAACUCAUUUUUUUCGACUAUAA